ACACCUGGAAGCUUUGUGAAACACGCCACGGCAUUCCAUUUCCGACAACACGGGACUCUUAAUUUCACCUACCGACAACUAAACCCCUUUCUCACUGCCUCCCAACCAGCUUAAUUCAUCCUUCUCCCUCUCUCCCAAUGGAAAAUAACAAGAGAGAGGCGCCGGAGAGCGACCAAGAAGAAGACGAGAUGAAGAUGGAGGAGUUUUACUCGCUGCUCAGGAGUUUCCGGAACGCACGUGAUCGCCGCCGAAGGGAAUUGGAGAAGGACGAGAGCAAGAGCAAAAAGAUGAAACCCCACACCCCAACAACAACACCCAAGCCCCAGCCAGAGGUUUCUUUCCAGUUUCAGGACUUUACCACAGAGAUUCACUUCAGAAAGCCUCCUUUGCUUUUUCCCAAUCCAAUUCCCUGCGACACCACCAACAACAACAACGCUAUCAAAAAGAACGAACAACAACACGAUCUUGCUCUCGACCUCAAACUCGCUCUCUAGCUUUCAACACCUUCCACCUUCAAUUUUAUCCCACUCUUUUCAAAUGGCCGCUUGUAAUAUUACUGUUAACGUUUUGUAUAUAUUGCAAUGAUGCAUUUUACUUGCCAUGUC